AUAGCACACUAAGUUCAGGCAGGGUUCAGAAGUGUUUCAUAACAGGAGCCAUUGAGAAGACAGUAUGUCCGGAUCUCAGCGUAGUGGGGUACGUACUCCCUUUGAGGACCUGACAAACAACGACAGUUCAGGUCAAAAAACAGAUCCAAAAGAACUAAAGAGACAGAGGGAAAGGGAGAGGUUUGCACUAAACAGGGAUGCAAUAUUGAAAAAAAGAAAGGAGGCAAGGGAUCGUAAGAAAGCUAUGCCCGCUAUUUUAAAUGGAACCAACACUCCAUCUAAGCCACCCGUGGCCAUGUCGCCUGGUUUUGACACUGUGGGGAUGCCCAGUGCGCAGUCUGCUAUCACCCAGCAACGACACACACCAGUUGUGGAAGGUCAUGUGUUCUCCUACAUCCAGACAUACUACCGGCUUUUGUGUGUCAGCAGCUGA